AUGGCUUCCAUCUCCGAGCGCACCUUCAUCGCCAUCAAGCCCGACGGGGUCCAGCGGGGGCUGGUGGGAGAGAUCAUCAAGCGGUUUGAACAGAAAGGAUUCAAACUGGUGGCCAUGAAACUAAUACAUGCCUCUGAAGACCUUCUGAGAGAACACUACAUUGACUUAAAGGACCGGCCAUUCUAUGAUGGUCUGGUGCAGUACAUGCACUCUGGACCCGUUGUAGCUAUGGUGUGGGAAGGUCUUAACGUGGUUAAGACAGGAAGAGUGAUGUUGGGGGAAACUAAUCCAUUCGAUUCGAAGCCUGGCACCAUUCGUGGUGAUCUCUGCGUUCAAGUUGGAAGGAACAUCAUCCAUGGAAGUGAUUCUGUAGAAAGUGCUGAGACAGAGAUCAAUUUAUGGUUCACUCCUGAAGAACUGGUUGAUUACAGAAGCUGUGCUCAUGAGUGGAUCUAUGACUAA